AUGGCAAGAUCCAAAAGCAGCAGAAAAAGCUGCACGACAACGACGACCGCGACAGAGACGGCAACGACCGCGACGGAGGCGGCGAUGACCGCGACAGAGACGGUGAUGAUCGCGACGAAGACAGCGACGACCGCGACGGAGACGACGUCGAUCACGACGAAGACGACGCCGAUCACGACGAAGACGGAGACGACUGCGACGGAGGAGGUGGCGACUGCAACGACAACGACGAUGACGAUGGUGACGGUGACGGUGACGGCGGCAACUCAGACGUCCCCCCUAAAAGCCAGUGGGAUGCCGCGGAACAAAAUUCAGAUGGCUGGUAUGCCGUACGAUACAGAGAAGAAGGAGCGUCUCUAG